ACGUACAAAAGCUGUUAUGCGCUGUCAGUUCUUUCAAAACACGGACAUUGAGACGGAACGCCACUGCCUGUUCACAAGCAGACUUCUAACAUGUUCUCACUUUCACGGUAAAUGGGCGCUUUGUUAUGAAUACGUAGAUAACGUUUCCAUGACUUCUGUUAAAUUCGGAAUCGAGUAAGUUUCAGUCCAACCAGUGAAACGAAUAUCAAAGAGCAACGCUGUUAUGGAUCAGAGCGAAGAUGACAACGUUUCUUUAUCUCCAAGACUGCCCUCUCCAUCUCUGUUCCCGGCUGCGCACCACAUGCACAGAACCACUCAUUUUUUCAUCGACAACAUCCUUAGACCGGACUUUGGCCGCAAAAGGGAGCAGGGUCCAGGCGUACACACGUCACGUUGUCUUUCUUUCCCCAGCACCCCUUGUUCGGAUUCCAACUGCAGCGCCAACAGCAUUUCUUCUUCAGCCUCCUCCACCGUCUCAUCCCCAGCCAGCAAGAGACAUUCCCAAGUAGACGAUGGGGUUAAUGCACCACUUUUUGGGGUUGUCCUGGCACCACCCGUUGCUUUGAAUAGUCCAGGUGAAACACCCGCGCCCAGUAAGGAUACCCGAGAGCAUUUGUGGCCCGCGUGGGUUUAUUGCACAAGAUAUUCUGACCGGCCCUCAUCUGGCCCGAGGACCCGGAAAUUAAAAAAGAAGAAAAACGACAGUGAGGAUAAACGACCCAGAACGGCGUUCACAGCUGAGCAGCUCCAAAGACUGAAGGCUGCGUUUCAGGCCAGUCGGUAUAUCACGGAGCAGCGCCGGCAGAUUCUAGCGCACGAACUCAAUUUGAACGAGUUGCAGAUUAAAAUCUGGUUCCAGAAUAAACGCGCGAAAAUCAAGAAAACCUACGGAUUAAAGAACGGCCUCGCGCUGCAGCUGAUGGCCCAGGGACUGUACAACCAUUCCACCAACACCAUUCAAGAGAAAGAAGACGUCAACUUGCAGAGAGAGAGUGAAUGGAAAGAGAGAGAAACGGGAAAACUGCGUAAAUGAUCAGAUUGUUAAAAGGAACUGUUUCUUGGCCAUUGAAAUUACCGGAUCAUCCUUUAUGGGCGAAACGAGCGGGAGAAUUUCUUUAAAAUGGAAUAUAAAUAUUUUUUCUAUUGAACUGAAAUGAAUAAACGAUUGCCUACAUGAAAACGUUUAGGCCUAAUUUUGAAUUUGGUAUUAAAAUUAAGACGGCUUAGAUUUUUUUAGUUGUUUGAUAUAAUAGGUGUUUUUUAUCAGUCAAACAACGAAACGAAUUUUCCUCGGAAUCCUAUUUUAAUUUUGUUCAUUUCUUCGUGCCAAAGAUGUUAUUAGGUGAAAGUAUUCAGUUUACAAUGAGAUGUCGAGUUUUUAUGACUUGGAAACAUUGUCAUAUUUUGACUAUUGACAAUGUUUUUUUCUUCUUCUUCAUUUUUUAUUCGACUUGGGAUAAUGGGAGACUUGCAUAUCUGAUAUCAGAUGUUAUUCUUUACUAAUUAUUUAAUGAUAUAAUAAAUAAACCAUUUUAUACCUGCAAGCCUGUAUUUUUCCCGAUAUAAUGUUAUUGUGCCUUGUGGUUUCUGUCUACAUCGUAAAAUAUGCUAUUCUUUAUUUACAUCAGAGAUGGACCUAGUAGCCUUACCCAAAGCAUCAAACAGUAAUUUUGUUUCGCCAGAUUACAGAAUACAGUUAAAAAGAAUCUACAAACAUUUCUCGCAACGCAAAAAAAAAUCACCUCACACAGACGUUUAACGUUAAAAUGUUUUUUACGAGUAAAUAAAAACUUUUUUAAUGCAAACAUUUUUGCAGAUUAAUAUGUAAUUAAUUACAACUAAUUAAUAACAGAUUCGUUCGAACUAAGUCAUAUACCCUCUUUCCGAACCCAAAUAUCUUUUUUAUUUUGUUUAUUUUGUAUUUUAUUUUAAACAAAUAAAAUAAAAAAUAAAUAAAAUAAAAAAGAUAGGGAGACGAGGAAAACAUGGUGCACAAAAUUAAAUAAAUUCUUGCAUAUUUUGAAACUGUGAAGUAUAAAAUACUAAUGAUGAUAAUAAAUAGCACAUAUUAUUUUUUAACAAUACCAGCUGAAUUAAGUGGAAUCUUUAUCGGUGAUUCACGCGGCUCUGUGGUGCCUUUCCCAGAAGCAUCGUUACCCAACAAUGGUCGCAAGUUUCAUUAUUACCAACAUGGUUCAACGAUUUUGCGUUUCCCGAACAGUAGCUCGAGAUCUCCACCUGUAGUUAGAAGCAGUUCAUUGAUAUUAAUGUGAUUGAUUCCGCUGCAGCUGGGGUGUGUUCUAUUCAGAGUUAUCACCAUCCACUCUGAGACCUUUGAAAGGCUUGAAGUUAUGGUGCUCAAAGUUAUUUUUAUUGGAAAUUCAGAUUGAAAUGAGCUUCCAGUGUGACUCACAAUUAUUCUCCCUUCGAAGUGCCCUCCUCCUAAGGCAUUAUUUAUGAUGUUUGGAAAGCAUGAUUGGCUUCGUUUCCGUGUAGAAAAGGUGAGUUAUUUUAUUUUUUACAACCGAAUAUCUUUGGUACAGCAUUUUCCAAAGAGAAAUUUCACAUAUGGCUAUAUAUGUAAAACAUAAUAUGCUUGUUAAUGGCCUUCACUGAUAAAAAACGUUACCGUUAUGUACAUUAUAACGUACUCUUGAGUAUAGUGUGAGAAAACGCUGUGUAAAAUUAAUUAAUUUACAUAUUUCAAAAUAUUACACUUUCAAAUAUGUAAAACAUAAUUUCCCAAAUCACAGUGUAAUUUUAUAUAGCCAAUAUGCCCAAAUAAAUGAACAAUAAUUGUUGAAAUAUGCAUGUAUGACCAUAUAUCUGAUUUCUGUAUGGGAUAACAUGUGUAAGUGGUUUUGUGUUUAUUGUGAGGUGAAGUAGAAUAGAAUAUGGAAUAUUCUCAAUAGGCUUUGUAUACUUCUUAGGCUUUCAAUAAAUGUUUGCAGGGGGAAAACAUAGACCAAGGUAGAAAAUUACACAAAAAUGUCUAUUAACACAAGUUGUCAGUCAGAUGAAAUAAAACUAAAUUGUACUGAAAAUUUAAAAAGUAACCAAACAUUCUGAGUUAAAUGUUCUCUGAGUUCUGCUCCUGCAGGAUGCAUUCUGCCUUGGUUUGGGCUCAGUGGAUCAUCUUCAUACAUAGCAGCAGCAUCUUCAUCAUCAUUAGCACAAGCAUGACCACCUCUUGCUCCUUAGGAUGUUGAACACAUUUCCGUGACUGCAAUGUUGUGACUGGAUUUUUUUAAUAGUUUUGGGGAAAGUCAGCAUGGUGUUCAUAAGCUGUAACAGCAAAUAUGUUACUGCUUUCACAGACAUGCUGAGCUUCAGUCCAUCAACAACCACCUCCAUAAAAUGUCCCACAGCACAAUAAUGCAGUGCAGCUAAGAACUGCACUGCUGGACUUAAGGCGUAAUUUCUUCUUGUGGCCUUCUGAAGGUGUUGUUUCACAACCUGCAGCAAUUCAAGGAUCUUAGUCCUUGGAAUCCAAAAUUUUCUUAUGAUGUCAUCAUCAGAUAGAGAGUCAAGGGGGGACACAUUUGUCCUUAUGUGGGCAUUUAUAUACACUACCUGACUUCUGCGUCACCUUCUGUGCUCAAGCUGUGGGAUUCUUUGUAAAGCCAUCAUUGUUGAGCAUUUGAUACAGAUAGAUACUGUGUUUAUUUGGAGAGUCAUUAAUACACCUGCUACUGAUGCAUCUUGAAACACCAUGGUGGCUAAUAAUCAUCAAAUUAACUAGCAAAAUGUUGGUGUUUCAUCAAUUAUUUGUGACAGUAAUAGGGCACAGUUUAAUUUGAUUAUCAAAUUAUUGUAUUCAUCUGUUAAUGGGCUUUUGGUUUUAAAAUAGCCUGCUUUCAUGCUGUUUUUUUUUUUCCUUUUCUUUUUUUUCUUCAAAGUUUUCAUGCUGUGGCUUGGGAAAAUGAGAAGUACUGAGAAUUGUCUGAGGAUUUAAAAAAGGAAUUUGUUUGUGUCAUGUUUGGCUUAUAUUAUAAUGACUAUUAUCUUGUGUAUUGAGAAAAACUUUACAUAGCCAGCUUUAUUUACUUGACUGUUGUAGUGUAUGUGAUGGAGUGUCAUCAUUGCAAAAAAAUAAAGGUUUGUAUUUCAUUCCAUUCAUAGGAUUCUUAUAUAUAUAAUAUAAUAUAUUAAUGACGAUAUUCUGGAAGUUGAUAAUGAAGUAAUGACACGAUUCACACAAUAAUUGCUUACAUUUGAUCUGGCAUUCCAAUGCUACUGUGAUGCACCAAGUCACAAGUAUCACCUAUUAUGUGCUCAUUUCUAAAUGUUAAACUACUAGAUGAGUUCCCAGUGUAUUAGAAAACACUAAUUUAAAACACAUGUUAAAAAAUGAUGGAGUAGUAAAAUAAUAUAUUAUAUUUAAAUUCAGAUUGUGAAAGGUUUCAGCUUCUCUGUCACUGAAAAGCAACUACAAAGUUAGUUGCCAUGCAGCUCCACACAGCUUCACCAGAGCCCCAUUUGCCAGACCCAGUCUGUACCUUUCACUCCAUAUAUAUUUCAUUCUAUAUUGUACAUUGUGUCAAGAAUAAAAGUGGUUAUUGGUUUUUGAAAAGUGUGCAUUUGUAUGAGCUCAAUUGCCCCGGAGGUAAGAGGGAAAUCCCACUAUUGCAGCUCAAUGCUGCGAGAGGUCACAAAGAAAACAAACACACCAGCAACAGAGGAGCAUGUGAAAAUAAAGCAAAACAACAGAAGUAGU